AUGCACAAACACAAUGAAUAUUUAGGCUUUUUGCCGCAGUACCAGCAUGCUGUGCACAUGGCAUGGCCCUUCACGGCCGGUGAUACGUGCCCCAGUGCCCUGCCCAUGAUAACGACUGAAAACACAAACAACGUAACGUGUCCGCUCACAUCCGCCGAGUGCCUGGCUGGUCUGAACCUGUUUGGAUCAGUGACGGUGGGAGGAGUGGUGCUACCUCGUGGCUGUCACCCAGGCCCGAGCCUUCCACCUGACUGA